ACCGGAUGUUGAUACUGGCCCGCAGCAUAGCGCAGACAGGAACAGCUGAAAAAGAACAACAAAGCAGCCGCGACGACGACGGCAAAAACAAUACAUGUGCGUCUAAAAUAUACAUAACACAUCGGUGGCAUCAUCGCUGGUGGAGACAUUUCGUGCCACUACAACAAAAUAAAAAAAAAGCCUUAGGCCAGUCACUCCCAGAGAUUUGACGAUGGGACGCAUCUUCUUGGACCACAUUGGUGGAACUCGCCUCUUCUCCUGUGCCAACUGUGACACCAUCCUGACCAACAGGUCUGAGCUUAUCUCCACUCGCUUCACAGGAGCCACAGGCAGAGCUUUCCUUUUCAACAAGGUGGUGAACCUCCAGUAUAGCGAGGUGCAGGACAGAGUGAUGCUUACCGGCAGACACAUGGUGAGGGACGUCAGCUGCAAGAACUGCAACAGCAAGCUGGGUUGGAUCUAUGAGUUUGCUACAGAGGACAGUCAGCGCUACAAGGAGGGACGUGUCAUCCUGGAGAGGGCGCUGGUUAGGGAGAGCGAGGGCUUUGAGGAGCACGUCCCCUCAGACAACUCAUGAGCCCCUAACCUUGGAUUAACUUGUGUGAGAAAGCUCACUCCCAUGUCCUCCUAUCCCUCUCCUUUAUCCCCUUGCGCUGCACACCACCACCUGCAGACUUAGUGGUCAGCGAAGUUUUGGCGUCACCCCUUCCCGUUCUCUAGCCUAUGACCUUUGACCUCUGCUGAUUAGAAGUUUGGUUUGCUGGCUCCCCUCCUGCUGAAUAGGCUUCCCCAAAGUACUUUCUUAUUUAUGUGUCACCGGGCUCCACCCCGAAAACAGCUGGGGACACAGAUAGGGAGCUGUAACUACACUUGUGGAAGUGUUCAUGCACGCUCACACAGAAUCUUCACCACCUCACAUGGCAUGCUCCACACUUUUUCAUAUGGUAACUAAAGACGUGGUCAGUCACAAAACAAAAACAUCACAUGGUUGUUUUGUUUAUUUAGACAACUGGAGGCAGUAGAGCUGGGUGUGUUUAUCCAGCCAGCCCACUCUGCACAGCAAUGAUAAAUGAACUGAUGGAGGUGUCACUCUACAUAUUGCUUACGUGGGGCUUGUGCUUCUUUGUUGUGACGUUUGUGUUAGUCUCUCGUGAGCACUGGAUGCAAUUAGGACCAUGAUAGUUGUUAUUUCUAUAUCAGUUACCUUUUAUUAGUCAGUUGUGUAAUAAUUGUCUGAAUGUCCAAAUGAUACCAUAAGGACCGCAGAGGAUGAUGUCAUAUUUAAGUCAAUAUUUAAGUAUUGAGGUGUUUGACCAUGACAGGAACUUUAUUUGGACCUGGCUCACAUGAUGUGCAUUUAUUUGGAUGGCCGUUACAUUUUUAAAAUGUACAGAAAGGAGCGUUAAGUGUCCCGUCAAUAGUGUGGAGUUGAUUUCCUGAACAGCACAAAGUCGUACAAUCCAUCCUACAAUUGAAUUCAGUCGUCCCACUCUUUAUCUGUUACCGUGGAUUCCGUGUCUGCGCGGUGAGCCGUGUGAAGGGAGACGUGUCACUUUGGUGACCUAUGAAGAGCAUGUACCUUCCAGCCAUGUGUCUUCAGUGUGGCGGAGGAGGAACGGGUCUUGAGACGUGAUGGAAACAUUCUUUGGCUGCCUGCCACUUUAAGGGCAUGAUUAUGAGAGGAUGGGUCAUGCAAGCGUUUGAAAGUGGUGAGUUCUGGGAGACGAGUUUAUGGACAGUCUGUGGGGGAUAAAAACAACAGACAUUCUCUUUCUUGUUAAUACAUUACAAUGUUGGAAACAACACACUGAAAAUAUGUUUAAUUCAAGCCUUAGUUUGACUGCGCUCCAUAUCUUUCAACAUGUUUUAUUGUUGAACUACUUUCGGGACGGUGACCCAUCCUCCGUCUUUUAUAGUCCUAGGCUUUGGGCACAUUCUGUCAUAAGAUGACUUGUUUCUUACAACACAAAGCCAAGCAAACUUUAAUGGAGUUCUAGGCUUUAAAGUGGAGUCUUUGUCCUUUGACUAUGCCAGAGCCUCCAUUUUAUAUCAUCGUGUCCUGUGGAGAUUUCAAUCAAAAUGUCAAAUUGUAACAAAAAAACAACAACAUCUCAUUGUCCCUGACAUUUUAGGUUAUUUUUUGGAGUGGGUUGUAUUGUGCCAUUUCAGAGUGUGCAUGCCUGCAGGCGUUACCAGAAUGGUCCAGUCAUGACUCGCUGUCCUUUCUGCAAAACAAAGAGAGAACACACUGACAGUAUCCAUAUCCCCAAGUCCAUGCAGUGUCAAGUCAAUGGCCGGGGGCAGAAUUAUGUCAUCAUCAUUUUGUUGUUCACUUUUACCAUUUUAUUGAUAGGGCAUUGUUUUUAUUUGCUUUACUCCAUAUGAUUAUUAUUUUAUUGACUGAUACAUUUAUCUUAUUGUAUAUUUUCUGUAUUGGAGGAUUGAGAAAAUAAGGUUUCUUCUUGAAUGGCUAUAGCAAGGUUUUCUCUGAUGUGAUUUCUAAAUAAACAUGUAGUCUUGCUGGGUUAC